AUGUCGGAGUACGAGAAAGUCGCGAGAGGUUCCUUGAAGUUGAAGGGUGUUUCGGAACAUGAAAUCAAAAAAAAAAAGAAAAAGAAAGAGAAGAAACUCUUGGAAGUGACGAAAGUUGUGCCUUCGGACGACGCUAGAAAGCAGUCAACGAAACCUGCCAAUACGAAAACAAAGGCUGAGUUGGCUUUCGAAAAGAUGCAGGAGAAAAGGAAAGAGGAGCGAAUAAAGGCUCGAGCCGGCAAAACUCAUAAGCAGCGAGUGGAGGAAUUCAAUCGACAUCUGGAUAGCCUCACCGAACACUUCGAUAUUCCGAAAGUCAGUGCUCCGGAAAGUAGGGCUGGAAAUGUCGCAGUUGUGACCGGAGGAAGUUGUGGCAUUGGCUUAGCGGUAGUCAAAUCUUUGGUGCAGAAUGGCAUGCAUGUGAUAGUUGGAACGUUGCAUCCGAAUGAACUCGAGCGAGAGUUCGGUGAUUGGAAGAAGAGGUCGAAAUCCCUGGGCUCAGUGGACUGUCUACAACUUGAUUUACGAUCUUUCGAGUCUGUUGGGCGAUUCUGCGACGAAUUUUUCAAAAUGCAGUUACCUCUCAAUUACCUCAUCAACUGUGCUGGUUUGAUGUUGGUGCCUCAGUCUAAAACCCGUGAUGGCUUUGAAGUUCACCUACAAGUUAAUUACCUGAGUCAUUUUCUGUUGACUCAUUCAUUAUAUCCUGCUCUGAAAGAGGGAUCUUCGCUAAGUUUCCCUUCCCGCGUUGUCAAUGUGUCUUCUUGCACGCAUCGGUUUUCCAGAGGGAAGCUCGACGAUUUCAAUUUCAAUGCGGCACUGGCAUACGCUGACUCAAAAUUGUUUCAAGUUGCCGCAACGAAAGCUUGGGAUGAGGAAAUGCGUCAGCGUGCUGGUUACGCGUCAAGCCCUGUCGAGUUCGUGUCGUUGCAUCCGGGAAUUUGCUCUACCCGAUUGUACCAACAUGCUUGGUGGUUUAAUGAAUUCACGAAAGCCUGCAUGGACUGCAUUCUCAUGUCCCCGGAAGAAGGGAGCCAGUUGGUUUUGCGAGCUGUUUUCGAUGUUAGCCAUGGCUCGAGACACGGAAUCUACUUGGAAUCCAACAGGAAGGCGAGCACUCACCCUGUUGUGCACCAGCGGGUAUUUCGGCGCAAGCUGUGGCACUUGACGCGUGAUCUUUUGCGGUUGGACGCAGAUUAGCCUGAUUUCCUUUGUCGUUAUUGCAUUUUCAAACAUGCUUGCAGAAUAUAUAAUUCUCAGCGAACUUUUCUUGUCGCGCAUGGAAAAAAGGCAUUUCUUCGUUCAUUCCACGAAGGGAUAUAUUUUUCUCAGUCUCCUUUUUUAAAGUAAUGGAAGAUUUGCCGUUCAGUACUUCUAGAGCUUAAGUUGUAUACACGUCUAACCUUUGAUCGCGUGUCAAGUCCCUCAGACGGAAGAGGUAUUUCGAUCAGUUUCGUCGCAAUAUACUUCGUGUGGGAGAAAAUCGUUGCCAGCAGACGCGGGAAAUGAACUUGGACUGACACGGUUCCGCUACAGCGCGUGAACUUCGCGUGUUGGCGCAUUGCCCAGUGAGCGACAGCAUUUUUCGAUGCUGGAAGGCGGCACAUUCGCAAAAUAUUUUGCGUCGAUCCUCAAGGGGGAAAAAAAAGAACGAUUCGGGAUUUCCUGUCUCGCGCGUGUUUAAUGCUUGGAAGUCCAUUUUCUUUGUGGUGUAAUGCUGAAGUUUUUGUGGUAAAAAAAACUUAGGGAUUUGAGCCUAGUUUCGGACUUCCGAGCAAAUUUUAUUCAAGCAGGAAGCAUUAAAAACUCAGUCAAUCCUUGACUUAGUGCCACCCUUGCAUUGUGCCGCAAAUUUCCCUGAAAAAAAGCUCCCUCUAUUGUGUUGAGGUAAACCGCAAUUCAGUCCCGACUCACAUGGAGCGGCAAAAAUUUUUAGAUGAAAAAGGGCCA